GCGGAGUUCUGGGAUCGGCGCUGGACGCUCCUCCCUAGCGCGCCUCCGGUGCCAGGGGCGGCGCCGGAGGCGCCACCCUUCGGGCCCAGCGCCGAUCCAAGAAGUCCGCGCGGGCCCCGGAGAGUGCAUGUUUCUGCACUUUCUGGUUCCUCGAGCCAGGGAUGGAGUCUGUGCCGAGUGACGUGCUCACAGUUCUGGAUCCUCGAGACCCUGUGGGCUCUGAAGGUGCACAGAUGCGGCCAUCACCGGCGCUUGCCUCUGCAGGGGGUGCUGUGGCUGCUGCCGAGGGGGCUCGGCCACCUCGGUCACCGCCGACUGCGCUGGCUCGACCGCUGCAGCAGGUGCCUCUGCGAGAAGCGAGGGGUGCCGGUGCCCCCGCAGGUGCCCAAACAUGCAAUGUGCCGUGGCUGCCACCAGCCCAACAUGCGGCAGCGGCAGAGAGGUUUCGAUUUGACCCCCAGGGAUGCAGCGCCAUGCUCGACGUCUCUGCUCCCAAUUGCUUGCGGUGCGUUGCCAACGCGACCCGUUCAUCGCAAGGUGUCUGUUUCCUUGACCCUCCGAUUGCACAGGGGCAGGUCGUGGAGGUUCGUUUUCGUUUCGACAACAAGCCAGGUCGCAUGCGGUAUUUUCUUGGUGUCGCCCGACAGCGGUUCGCCAGUGACGCUUGCGACAUAGACCUGCGGAAAGCAGGCUGGUCGAUUGAGAACUUGUAUGCAUCGCCACACUCGGAGGGUUCAGCCUGCACGUUGAAGGCUGCGCCCAUUUUCCACACGGGCAGCGUUGUUACACUUGCUGUGGACCUGCGGGACUCGCAGAAGCCCGAAGUUCGAUUUUCGGUUGACACGACAGGCGUUUGUUUAUCUGCCAGGCUGCCAACGAGAGGGCUGCACAGUGUCAUCCCAUGGAUCUCCUUGUACAACCGCGGCGCUCAGGUCACGCUUCUGGACACGGCCCUGAAGGUUUCGAGUCCCCACGUGUCGCAUCCGUGAGAAGGAAGCGCCGCAA